GUGAUAGUUUUUAUCUUGCUCAAUGAUGGCGACACAGAUAAAAAGCAUCCGAGGCCGACGACGUACAAAAGAGCCAAUUCUUGCAGUCCUGUCGGUCAACGACCACGCAGCCCCGCUUUAGCAAAGAAAAGCAUUAAGGAUAGAAGAUGCCAAAGCCUGUCACCAUCAAAUCAGAUGACUAAAAAAUCGUUGGAACAUAUAGAUUAUGGCGAUGACUAUGCUCCCGAAAAAUUAAAUGUCUCGCAAAGUUCACAAAAUUACAUGUUUCAAGAACCAGAAAAAGAGCUCGCCAUGCCGCACUGCUUGGUAACAAAAGCCCUCCGCGCUCUGGCUACUAAAAAACGAGACUUUUUUAAAUUAAGAAAAAAUUUGCUCAACCAGCAGAACAUGUUGCUGGAGCAAUUCGCAGCAUUAAAAGAUUUAGAGAAUCGAGCUGGAAUCAGCGAUGAAUCACUAGGUGAAGUACGAAUUCUAUCAGUGUCAGGUUGGCCACCGCACGACCUGCUCCUGCUCUUGAGGGAUGAUCUCGAAAUACCCCUAAAGUCGGAUAUACGAGGAAGUUUGGGCCCUCAAGUCUUACAGCAGUUACAGGCUCAACUUAAUCCGAUUCCUGAAGAAGUUUUGGGAAUGGGAGCAGAGCUGAUGGCGCGAAGGAUUGAACUUUUGAAUUUACUUCGAUGCAAACAUCGUUGUGAUCGUUCUACUUAUCUUACGAACUUAGAAUGGAAGACUAAGAAUAUGGAAUUUGAUACUGAAACUGAAAAACUACACAGACUUGUUGCUGGAACAGCGGAAAACUUGAAGGCGAAGAUAACAUACUCUAUGGACUUGGCUAAAGUACCUUGGCUAGACAGGGAUGCAUUUAUGACUAAAAUUGAACGUUUACAAAAAGAAAACUCUCUACUUCAAUUGAAAAUCGAGGAACUAUCGAAAAAGGAGACUCAACAAGAUACUAAUAAAAAUCCAACACCAAACGUGGACAAUACUCCUAAUUAUCAAUCCUUAUGCGAGGAACUAUCAAAAGAGCGAGCAGCACGAGAUUCAAUGAAGGAAGUUUUAACAGGCGCUGAAAGUAUGUUGCGGGUUGCUCGGGCUCGUAUUGCAACACUUGAGAAACAAUUAAAAGACACGCGUGUUGAAUUAGAAACAGCGCGGCGGAAGCAUAAAGACCUAGAACAACUUUAUCGUCAUCGGGAAACGAGCUAUGACGCACGCUCUAGAAAACUCUUGGAGGUAUCGAAAACAGGAGAAAUAACAAUAGAUACUUUAUCCCGUCAGCGUGAUGCAUUGGAACUUAGAGUGAAAGAAUUAAGAGAACAAGCAGAGUCAGCGGAAAAGGAGGCUGAAGCCCGGGAAAUGGAACAAAAAAUGCGCAACGAGACACUGCAGGCGAAGGUAGCAGAACAGGAAAAGGGAAAACAUGCAGCUGAAGCUCGUGUACAAGAAUUAGAAGCACGAGUUAAGGAACAAGAAGAACAAUUACAAUCAUUGCGUGAGCGGUCAAUGCGUCUAGUUGAUUUAGAACGAAGACGUUGCUUUGAAUAUGUACCAUCAAAAGAAAGUGAACCAUCCGAUAGAGAAACUGAUAUUUGGAAGGAACUUCAGGUGACAAGGGUAGCUUUAUCUCGGGCUGAAGAUGAGUUGCGUCAGAGUCGUGCCGACAAGGAGAGCUUUUUAAAUUCCCUUUCGAAGAUUGCGCAAGAAGAAGGCGCUGAUAAAGAAGAUAAAUUGGCGGCUGAGUUAUUAAAUAGAGAACAAAAGAUUAUGGCACUUCAACGUAUUAUAGAGGAACAACGUGACAAUGAAAAGAUUAUGGAACAAAGCAUGACUGAGUACGAAAAUCGGCUGGCCGCUUUGCGUCUGGAGGUAAAAAGAUUAAGAAAUUACGACUGUUAUUCCAAAGAGACGUCCUAUCAAGAUUUACAAACCGAGUUACUAGAAUUGCACAUGCAAGUCGAAACGCUGUCCCGGGAACGCUCGGCGCUAGUUACCGCUGCCGCAUCUCGCGCGCUUAUGCUGGAGCGUCAUGAACGAGCUGCAGAUUUGUUCGCGAGAAUGACGAGAGCGCGGAGGGACUUAGCUGCUCAUCUUAGUGGACAAACUGAUCCUCCAGCCAUGGACGAUAAUGUCCACCCUGAGGUGUCCCGUUCGCUGUCUUCUAUAUGUGCUUGUGCGGCUGAUACUUGGUCAGCUUUACGUGCUGAGCGUGCCAGAGUUCUCCGCUUAGAGAGCGCCGUACUUGCUCAAAGUUUACAGCUCGAGAGAGAGGGUCGAGUACGCACACAACUCGAGCGCCGAAGAGCUAUUUUAGAACGUGAAAUUUUACGUGCUAGACAUACACCGACAUCUCAACCGAAAAUCGGAACUAAUCCAAAUUCGAGCAUUUUCUUUGAAUAAUACUGGGACGUGGGGAAAGUAUUACAAAAGCUGCUAUUUCCUUUAAAUU